UUUAGUUAUUUAGUUGAGUGAUUAGUGAAGUGUUAUGAUUUGAUUUUUCCGCCAUGGGAUUGAUCAAGUUAGUAACAAAUAACUAGGUACCUAGUUUAAUUAAAUAAAUAAUAUAUCCCAAUUUGUCGAUCAAAAAUGAUAAAUUUAAGCGCUCUUGGUUUUAUUCUAUGUGUCCUAUUGUUCACGUUUCAACCCGGCUCAGGAAUAGAGAUACCAGAGAAGUUUCAAAAGAGUAACCACACGAACAACUGGGCCGUUUUAGUUGAUACGUCUCGAUUUUGGUUUAACUAUCGUCAUGUAGCGAAUGUUUUAUCAAUUUACCGCAGUGUAAAGAGACUUGGCAUACCAGACAGCCAAAUCAUUCUCAUGAUAUCAGAUGAUAUGGCGUGUAAUCCACGGAACCCUCGACCAGCUACCAUUUUCAACAAUGCUCAUGAGCAAAUCAAUGUUUAUGGAGAUGAUGUUGAAGUGGAUUACAGAGGUUAUGAGGUAUCUGUGGAAAACUUUGUUCGCUUGCUAACAGGCCGGGUGCCGCCUGACACUCCUCGUUCCAAGCGUCUUUUGACUGAUGAAGGCAGCAACAUUCUCAUCUACCUUACUGGCCAUGGUGGAGAUGGCUUCCUGAAGUUCCAGGAUUCCGAGGAAGUCACAAGUCAGGAGUUAGCUGAUGCUCUCGAGCAAAUGUGGCAGAAAAGAAGGUAUAAUGAAAUAUUCUUCAUAAUAGACACAUGCCAAGCAUCCUCCAUGUAUGAGAAGUUCUAUUCACCAAAUAUUCUGGCAACAGCCAGCAGUUUAGUAGGAGAAGAUUCUCUGUCUCAUCAUGUCGAUUCUGCUAUCGGAGUAUACAUUAUCGACAGAUACACAUACUAUGUCUUGGAAUUUUUGGAAAAUGUGCAUCCAAAUAGUCAGAGGACCAUGUCGGAAUUUCUUGCCGUGUGUCCAAAAAGCGCUUGCUUAUCCACCGUGGGUGUCCGACGGGAUCUCUUCAAGCGGGACCCAGAUAAGGUGCCCAUCACUGACUUCUUCGGAUCAGUGAGACCUGUCGUGAUUACCACAGAACCAAUUAAUAUUUUGGACAUUCCAAAGAGGAAGAAGGCCGAUGUUGAGAACAAAACCAAAGUGUCAGAGAAGCGGGAGUAUUUACCACAGUUCCCAGUACAUCUCAUACAAAAUACAUGAGCAAAUUUGUACAAAUAUGUUAGUAUUUAUUAUUCUUAAAUAAAUUAUUUGUUUUAGUUA